AUGGAGUCCGCGGCCGACCAGCUUACCAGCUGGGAUGCAAACACGCGAAAGUUUUCACUCCAGACCUUGGGCCUUUGCGGGCCGUCGGCAGAUGUCUACUCGGACCAAGUGGCCAAGUGUCUUGAUGACGAGGAGCCGGGGGUGCGGAAGGCGGCGGCCACAGCACUGGGCAAGCUCCGUGCCUCGUCGGAGGCCUCCGCGCUCGUGGCCGCUCUUCGCGACCCGGACGCCGAGGUUCGCUGCGAGGCCGUGCGAGCUUUGGGCCAAGUGAGCACCAAGGUGGUGUCCCCACAUGUCCCUAAGGUCAUUGCACUGCACCAGGAUGCUGAUGAAGAUGUGGGGCUGGCUGCUGUGUCCUGUUUGGUAGCCGUAGGACAGGCCAAGGCGCUUGCCCCAUUCGCGGCCUCUGCAUAUCCGACAGUUGCAAAAGCAGCCGUCAUGGAGAUCGGCCGCUGCCCCAUAGCACGUGCUAGCAAUGCUAGUUGCCUCUCAAAGUCCUUGUCUCACAAGGAUACCGCCGUCCGCAUGGCAGCGGCACAGGCCUGCGGUGAACUGGGCACCGAGUGCACCGACGAGCAUUUCCAAGCGUUGGUGGGCAUCGCUGCCGAUCGCCAUGUGAAAGUUCGCCGGGCCGCAGUUCAGGCUUUGGGCCGAGUGGGCAGUGCUGGUGCAAAACACCUGGUGCAGUUCUUUCAUGAUUCAGACGACAGCCUGCGGCACUUUGCUGCCGAGACAUUGGGAGGCCUCGACGAUGCCAUGGCCGCAGAGUCCGCCGCCAGGUCUUUGACAGAACCGCAGGCCGUGGCUCGCCAGUCUGCUCUACUGGCAUUGAGCAAAAUGAAAGUGGCAGGGCCAGGCCAUGCUGCCGCAGUCGCUUCCUGCCUCGAUGACACGGACUUGGCAACCCGGCUCGCCGCAAUCCAGGCCCUGUCAGGCCUCAAAGCCGAAGAGUUUGCACCAGAGCUUGGACAGCUCAAAGCCGAUCGUGUUGUGGGCGUUCGGAUCGCGGCAUUGUCAGCUCUGGCCAAGAUGGGCGCGCAGGGGGCUUUGUCAGCUCUCCUUUUCCUGGAGGACGCGGAUCCUGGUGUGAGGCAGUCAGCAGUGAAGGUGUUCAGCCCCCUGCACUCCAAGCUGCCGCCAAGCGUGGCCAAAACCCACGUGCACGAAGUUGCCCAGCGACUGCUGGAUGAGGAUUGGCACGUGCGCUUGGCAACGGUGGUGGCCCUCGGAGACCUGCACAUGGACGUGUUUUCCGAGCAGGUGGCUGCCUUGUCCCAAGAUGAGAAUGACCAGGUCCGGAGAAGCGCCGUGGCGGCGCUCGAGAAGAUGGGUGCGUCACCAGCGCAUGCUGCGCGCUUCCUGGGCGAUGCCAAUCCUGCCGUGCGGAGCCAUGCCGAGGAGGUCUAUGCAACGCUGGGCGGAGGACGCCCGGACGAUGAUGGUGACAUCUCUGAGGCAGAUUAG